AUGGCUGCUGCCGUGGCUAAGGCACCAGAGAAAACCAAAGUCCCUGAAAAUCCACAGGCUGACGCGGGGCCCUGCGUCCUACAGUCCCGAAGGAGAAGGCAUGAACCUCCGGGGCCAGGGGAACACCCCGGGCCUCCCCACCAGCAGCGGCCUCUGCAUCUGUCCUGCGGGUCCGCGCGCCGCGGGCAGCCGGCCGGCGGAGGGGAGCGCUCGCAGGAGGACGCACGGGAGCGGACGCCCACUGGGGUCCCUCCGACACUCUGGCAUGUUCAUCUGGAGUCCGUGUAA